AUGUCUCUGUGGCACACCAACUUUCCCGCCUCCAACGGCUUCGCGCCUCUCUUCCGCCUGCUGGACGACUACGAUGUCCACCGCUCCAACAGCAGCCGCAGCGGCCAGUCCACGGCGAUGCGCUCCUUCUCUGCUCGCUUUGACGUCCGCGAAAGCGAUAACGCCUACCACCUCGACGGCGAACUGCCGGGCAUCGUACAGAGUGGCAUCGACAUCGAGUUCACCGACCCGCAGACUCUGGUCGUGAAGGGUCGCACCGAGCGCGAAUACCAAUCUUCGUCUCCCUCGGAUGACUCCACGGAAACUGAAGAAGGUGAUGGCAAGUCCGGCAAGCUCGCCUACCGCUUCUGGGCUGAGGAGCGCUCUGUCGGCGAGUUCCAGCGCACCUUCACCUUCCCGACCAGGGUUGACCAGGAUGCCGUCAAAGCGAACCUGAAGAAUGGGAUCCUGUCCAUUGUGGUCCCCAAGGCUGCCGCGCCGACUGCUAAGAAGAUCACGGUUGAGUAA